UGUGCCCCCAGAACCAUGGGCUCCAUGUUCAGGAGCGAGGAGGUGGCUCUGGCCCAGCUGUUCCUGCCCACCGCUGCCGCCUACACCUGCGUGAGCGACCUGGGCGAGCGGGGCCUGGUGGAGUUCCGCGAUCUGAACGCCUCGGUGAGCUCGUUCCAGCGGCGCUACGUCGGGGAGGUACGGCGCUGCGAGGACCUGGAGAAGACCUUCUCCUUCCUGCAGGAGGAGGUGAGACGGGCUGGCCUGACCCUCGAGGGGCCCCGGGGGAACCCCGAGGCCCCGCCCCCGAGGGACCUGCUUCGCAUCCAGGAGGAGACCCAGCAGGUGGCCCAGGAGCUUCGGGAAGUCCGGGGUAACCAUCAGGCCAUGCGUACACGGAUGCACCUGCUCCAACAGCACAUUGCGGUCCUCCGGCAGGGGCCCUACACCCUCGGCCAGCAUCUCCCGGACGCCCAGCCCAACUGGCCCUCGGACGAGACGCCCUUACUGGAGCCCCCGGCCGGGCCGCAAGCAGAUCUCAGAAUUAGUUUUGUGGCAGGGGCCAUCCAGCCGUGGCGAGCGGGUGCCCUGGAGCGUCUGCUGUGGCGGGCGUGCCGCGGCUACCUCAUCUCCAGCUUUGUGAACAUGGAGGAACCGCUUGAGGACCCCCUGACGGGAGAGAGCGUGCCCUGGGUGAUCUUCCUCAUCUCCUACUGGGGCGAGCAGAUUGGGCAGAAAAUCCGCAAGAUCACAGACUGUUUUCACUGCAACGUGUUCCCGUAUCCGGAUCGUGAGGACGAGCGUCUGGCCAGCUUGCAGCACCUACAGCAGCAGAAACAAGACCUGAGCGUGGUGCUGCAGGAGGCAGAGAAGUUCCUGGGGCAGGUGCUCCAGCGGGUACAAAGCCUGCUGCCCCCUUGGCAAGUGCAGAUCCGCAAGAUGAAGGCCGUCUACCUCAUGCUCAACCAGUGUAGCCUCAGCGUCACCGACAAGUGCCUCAUCGCUGAAGUCUGGUGCCCCACGCGCGACCUCGUGACCCUGCAGCAGACCCUAAAUGAGAGUUCGCUCCGAAGUGGGGCAGGUGUGGGGACUGUUGUACAUCGCAUCCCCUCCAGAGAAUCGCCACCAACCCUCAUCCGUACCAACCGCUUUACAGCCAGCUUCCAAGGUAUCGUGGAUGCCUACGGCGUGGGAUGCUACCAGGAGGUGAACCCAGCCCCCUACACCAUCAUCACGUUCCCGUUCCUCUUUGCCGUCAUGUUUGGGGACGUGGGGCAUGGGCUGCUCAUGUUCCUCUUUGCCCUGGCCAUGGUGCUUGGCGAAAAUCGGCCCGGCAUGAAGGCCUCGCAGAAUGAGAUCUGGAGAACGUUCUUUGGAGGCCGUUACCUUCUCCUCCUCAUGGGCGCCUUCUCCAUCUACACUGGCUUCAUCUACAAUGAAUGCUUCAGCCGCGCCACCGCCAUCUUCCCCUCGGGCUGGAGCGUCAGGGCGAUGGUCAACCAAUCCGACUGGAGCUCGGAAUUUCUGGCCCAACAUCCUGUCCUCACGUUGGAUCCCAACGUCACUGGGGUCUUCCUGGGCCCCUACCCCUUCGGGAUUGACCCGAUCUGGAGUUUGGCCAUCAACCACCUGAGCUUCCUCAACUCGUACAAGAUGAAGAUGUCUGUGAUCCUGGGCAUCCUACAUAUGGCCUUCGGGGUUGUCUUGGGCAUCUUCAACCACAUACACUUCAGGCAGUGGCACCGUCUCCUGCUCGAGUUUGUGCCCGAGGUGCUGUUCCUCGGGGGGCUCUUCGGCUACCUGGUCUUCAUGAUUGUCUACAAGUGGGUGGUGUUCUCGGUGGCCAGCUCAGCAGAGGCGCCCAGUGUCCUCAUCCACUUCAUCAACAUGUUCCUCUUCUCCCAGAGCCCCACCAACAGGCCCCUGUACCCUCACCAGGUGCCCGUGCAGACAUUCCUGGUGGUCCUGGCCCUGGUCUCGGUGCCCGUCCUCCUCCUGGGCACACCCCUCUAUCUGUGCUCUCAGCACCAUCGCAGAAGACGGCUGGGCCAACGGCGGGCCUCCUCGGAGAAGAGCAGCCUUCUGCAGACAACGGAAGACGCCCCCUCUCUGAACGGGCCUGGGGCCGAGGACGACGAGGAGGCGGGGGGUGCGCAGGAGGCCGAGUCCAAGUUUGACUUCUCCGAGGCGUUCAUGCAUCAGGCCAUCCACACCAUCGAGUACUGUCUGGGCUGCGUUUCCAAUACGGCCUCCUACCUCCGUCUCUGGGCCCUGAGCCUGGCGCAUGCCCAGCUCUCCGAGGUCUUGUGGGUCAUGGUGAUGCGCAUAGGCCUGGGCAUGAGCCGGGAGGCGGGCACGGCCGGCCUGGUGCUUGUGCCCGUCUUCGCCGCCUUUGCCGUGCUCACGGUGGCCAUCCUGCUGGUGAUGGAGGGGCUCUCCGCCUUCCUGCACGCCCUGCGUCUCCACUGGGUGGAGUUCCAGAACAAAUUCUACACCGGCACCGGCUACAAGCUGAGCCCGUUUACCUUCGAGGUGGAGCAGAGCGCCCUGUAGGCCCAGCUCGGUGCCGCCCGCCCCCUCCCGCCCCCUCCCGGUUACAAACCAAUAAAACGAGUCACGAGGA